AUGGCUGCCACUUCCGUCUUCAUGGCAACUCCGUUCACACGUCUCUCCGCCACCCAACUUCCUUCCUUCCACAAGAAUUCUGCCUUCUCCGUCAGAUGCAUGUCGUCUCAGCUACCAAAYGACGCCGAAACCAAAUCCAAAACACCACCGCCACCUKCUCCCAAGGUCAGCACCAAAUUCACUGACGUCUUGGCGUUCAGUGGACCAGCACCGGAAAGGAUCAACGGAAGAUUGGCGAUGAUAGGGUUUGUGGCGACAAUGGCGGUGGAGCUGAGCAGUGGUCAAGAUGUGUUCACACAGAUCUCCAACGGUGGCGUGGCGGUGUUUGUGGUGACGAGCGUGGUGUUGUCAGUGGCGUCGUUGGUGCCGUUGUUGAAAGGGGUUAGCGUCCAGUCGAAGUCGAAGGGGAUAAUGACGUCGGAUGCGGAGCUGUGGAAUGGCCGGUUUGCGAUGUUGGGUCUGGUGGGUUUGGCUUUUACGGAACUAGUUAAAGGCAGUCCCCUUGUGUAA